AUGAACGGCCAGGCCCCUCCUCAUGAUGUCAUAGUUGCCAAUGGGACUGAGAAGCUCAUUGUCCCUAAAACCAUGAAGAACCAACUAGGAGCCAGCACUUCUUCGAGGCCCCAAGCAGAGGCUGCCCUGCCUACCACAGUCAGAAGUAUUGCUGGGGUAUAUAUGGAGUCCUCAGGACAGACCCAGAGCAUCUAUGCUGCUAUGAAGCAGGGCCUCCUGCCCACUGGGCUUGGGGUGACUUUACUUGAGGCCCAGGCAGCCACUGGGGGUCUCGUGGACCUUGCCCAGGGCCAACUUCUUUCUGUGUCUGAGGCUCUAAGGCGGGGUCUGGUGGGACUGGAGCUAAAGGAAAAAUUGUUGGCUGCUGAACGUGCAGUUACUGGGUAUCCCGACCCCUAUGGGGGUGAAAAGCUGGCCCUCUUCCAGGCCAUCAGGAAAGAAGUUAUAGACAGGACCCUAGGGUGGAGAUUGCUAGAGGCCCAGCUAGCUACUGGGGGCCUGGUGGACCCAACCCGGGGUGUGCAAGUAGCCCCAGAGCUAGCCUGCCAGCAGGGCCUUUUGGAUAAGGAGACAUGGCUCAGUCUGCUGGAGUCAGAGCCCAGUAUGGGUACCCCUGGUUUUUCUGACCCCAACACGCUAGAGCAGCUCCCAUACUCUAUGCUGUUGGAUAGGUGUGUGCAAGACCCCAGCACAGGGCUGCCCCUAUUGCCCUUAAAAACCACCUUCCACACCCUGGCUGGAGCAGCCAGCGCAGCAAUGCUGCUGGAGGCAGGAAUACUAAAUGAGGAGACAGUCCGAGGCCUGCAGAAAGGCACACUGGUGGUGUCAGAUGUGGGUACACGUCCCGAGGUGCAACGUUAUCUGGAAGGCACUGGAGGGUUAGCAGGGGUUGUCCUGUUGCCUGGAGGUCACAAGAAGAGCUUUUUCCAGGCUACGGUUGAACACUUGCUCUCAAAGGGCAUUGCACUACAACUCUUAGAGGCUCAGGCUGCUACCCGCACCCUCGUGCACCCAACCACAGGCCAGCGUCUGUGGGUGGAAGAGGCAGUCAAGGCAGGCCUGGUUGGCCCAGAACUUCAUGAGCAGCUCCUGGUUGCAGAACAGGCAGUGACUGGGUAUUAUGACCCCUUCAGCAGCUCCCGCAUCCCCCUUUUCCAGGCUAUGAAGAAGGGGCUUGUGGACCAGGCACUGGCUCUGCGCCUCCUGGAUGCCCAGCUAGCCACAGGUGGGCUUAUAUGCCCAGCCCGCAGAUUCCGGCUGCCCCUGGAGGCCGCCCUGCGCUUUGGCUGUCUGGAUGAAGAGACUCAGCAACAUCUCUCUCAGGCAAUGGGCUUUUCAGAUCCUACCACACACGAUCGUCUUCGCUAUGAGCAGCUGCUGGCCCUCUCUGUCACUGACCCAGAGACAGGGCUUGCUUUUCUGCCUCUCCCUGGAUUGUCCCAUGCAAACGAGCCCCAGGGACCCACAUUUAUUGAUCACUGUACUCGACAGGUCUUGAGCAAGGCCACAACCUCCAUCUCUGUAGGAAGAUACCAGGGCCGGCCUGUCUCCCUCUGGGAACUGCUCUUUUCUGAGGCAGUGCCCGUUAAGCAGAGGGCAAUGCUUGCCCAACAGCACCAGCAAGGGGCUCUGUCAGUGGAGGAGCUGGCAGCUGAGCUGAAGAGCAUUGUUGAGCAGGCUGCGGCAACUGCCAAAGUCACCUUUGCUGGGUUGAGGGACACUGUGACACCAGGAGAGCUGUUGAAAGCUGAGAUAAUCAACCAGGACCUGUUUGAGCAGCUGGAACGUGGACAGACCUCAGCCCAAGAUGUGGGCAGCCUGGACUCGGUGCAGAGGUACCUGCAGGGCACAGGUUGUAUUGCAGGCCUAUUGCUUCCUGACUCCCAGGAACGUCUCAGGAUCUAUGAGGCCCGUAGCAAGGGGCUCCUCAGGCCCGGUACUGCCCUGAUCUUGCUUGAGGCCCAGGCUGCCACAGGCUUUAUCAUUGACCCAAAAGAGAACAAGAGAUACUCUGUGGAGGAGGCACUGAGGGCGGGUGUCAUUGGGCCUGAUGUAUAUGCAAAGCUGCUAUCUGCAGAACGGGCAGUGACUGGCUACACGGACCCCUACUCUGGGGAGCAGAUCUCCCUCUUCCAGGCCAUGCAGAGGGACCUCAUUGUCAGAGACCAUGGCAUCCGCCUGCUGGAGGCCCAGAUUGCCACAGGGGGUGUCAUCGACCCUGUGCACAGCCACCGUGUUCCCGUGGACGUGGCCUACCAACGUGGCUACUUUGAUCAGAUGCUGAACUCUAUUCUGCUGGACCCAUCUGAUGACACCAAGGGCUUCUUUGACCCCAAUACACAUGAGAAUCUCACCUACCUGCAGCUUCUGGAGCGCUGUAUACAUGACUCUGAGACGGGUCUGUACCUCCUGCCCCUCAGUGGUACACGACCCCAGCUGGUAGAUAGUUCCACUCGGCAGGCCUUCCAGAGUCUACUGCUCUCCGUGAAAUAUGGACGGUUCCGGGGGCAGAGAGUUUCUGCGUGGGAGCUGAUUAACUCUGAAUAUUUCCAAGAGGACUGGAGGAGGCAGCUACUGCAGCGUUAUCGGCAGCACAAGAUCACACUGGAGCAGGUCACUCAGCUGCUGGAGAAAGAGAUGAGGAGGUGGGCAGACAUCACACUGCCGGCCCUACAAGGCCGGGUCACUGCCUACCAGCUCCUAGAGGCCCACAUCAUCAACCAGGAGCUCCUAGACCAGGUGCUGGCAGGAACAGUCAGCCCAGAUGCUCUCCUUCACAUGGGUGAUGUUCACAGGUACCUUCGGGGCUCAGGCACUGUGGGUGGUGUGCUGCUACAGCCCUCCAACCAGCGAAUCAGUCUCUACCAGGCCAUGAAGCAGAAGCUGCUGGCACCUAGUGUAGCUUUGGCCUUGCUGGAGGCCCAGGCAGCCACUGGAGCCAUCACCGACCCUGGCAGUAUGGAGACCCUUUCAGUAGAUGAGGCUGUGUGCCGGGGAGUUGUGGGAGCAGAGGUAUAUGGCAAGCUGAAGCAAGCAGAGCAUUCUAUCACUGGCUAUAGGGACCCCUUUUCUGGAAAAAAGGUGUCCCUGUUCAGGGCCAUGAAGAAGGGCCUUGUCCCUGUAGAGCAGGCAACCCGGCUACUAGAGGCCCAGGUGUCCACAGGAGGGGUCGUUGAUCCUACAACCCACCUCCACCUCCCCAUGCCUGUGGCGGUCCAGCGUGGCUGCAUUGAUCUAGAGAUGGAGGUGACCUUGUCCAGAUCUCCUGAGACCUUUCCCACACCCGAUGGCCGGGGGCACACCAGCUAUGCCCAGCUCCUGGAACAGUGUCUCCAGGACAAAGCCUCUGGGCUUCACCUCCUGCCCCUGACAGAAGAUGUUCCCAGCGUCCCAACUGACACACAGAUCCAGGAGACCCUACAAGCAUCAGCUGGCACUGAAGAUGGUUUAUCCCUCUGGGACUUGCUCACCUCUUGCCACUUUACCGAGGAGCAGCGCAGGGGCUUCCUUGAGGAUGUGAGGGUUGGGAAGAUGUCUGUGCCACAGCUACGGGACACUGUGUGCAGCUGGGUGCAUGCAGCUAAGCUUCUGGCCCGGGCCCGCAUCACUGUGCCAGGCCCAUGGGGUGAGGUCCCAGCCACUUGGCUACGAGAUGUUGGUAUUAUCACCCAAGAGACACUGGAAGCACUGGCACAGGGCACGCAGUCACCUGAGGACGUAGCCAAACAGCCUGCUGUGAAGACCUGCCUCUGGGGUACGGGCUGUGUGGCCGGUGUGCUGCUCCAGCCCUCAGGGACCAAGUUGAGCAUCGCCCAGGCUGUAAGAGAUGGCCUUCUGCCCACAGGCUUGGGCCAGCAGCUGUUAGAAGCCCAGGUGGCAUCUGGCUUCCUUGUAAAUCCACUAACCAACCAGAGAUUUUCAGUGGAGGGUGCAGUGAAGGCUGGCCUGGUGGGCAUGGAGCUGAGUGAACAGCUCAAAGAAGUUGAAAAGGCUGUGACAGGGUACUCAGACCCUUAUUCAGGAGGCUCCUUUUCUCUAUGGCAGGCCAUGGAGAAGGGGCUUGUAACCCAAACUGAGGCCUUUCCUCUCCUGCAAGUCCAGCUGGCCACAGGAGGUGUUGUGGACCCUACCCAUGGAGUGCACCUGCCCCAGACAGUGGCCUACAAGCUUGGCCUCCUGGAUGAGCAGACAAGCCAGGUGCUGACUGCCACUGGGAAGGAAAACAAGCUCUUUUUUGACCCCAACUCCCGUGAAAAGGUGACAUACCAGCAGCUCAAGGAACUCUGUGUGCUGGAUGCUGCCACUGGCCUGUGGCUGCUGCCACUGCCCCAGGACACUGUGCUUGAGGUGGAUGACCACACUGCCGUGGCACUGAGGGCUAUGAAGGUUUCCAUCAACAUGGGGAGGUUCCAAGGACACAGCGUGUCACUCUGGGAUCUGCUACACUCUGAGUAUGUUGAAGCUGAGAAGCGGAGGGAGCUGGUGGCCCUCUGUUGUUCCGGGAGGGCUGCUGCUCUGCGACAGGUCAUCAGUAUGGUCACCACCCUGGUGGAGGCUGCAGAGAAGCAGGCCCCGCAGGCCACCUUCAAAGGGCUCCGGAAACAGGUUUCAGCUGGGGACUUGUUUAGGUCCCAGCUGAUCACCAAGCAGACACUGGAUGAGCUCAACCAGGGAAAGAGGACAGUCCAGGAAGUGACAGAGAUGGACAGUGUGAGGAGAUCCCUGGAAGGAGGCAACUUCAUUGCUGGGGUCCUUAUGCAGGAUACAAAAGAGAAGAUGAGUAUCCCAGAGGCCUUGAGAAGGCACAUUUUGAGGCCAGGCACAGCUCUGGUGCUGCUGGAGGCACAGGCGGCCACGGGUUUCAUCAUUGACCCUGUGGAGAACCGGAAGCUAACUGUAGAGCAGGCGUUCCAGGCAGGGAUGUUUGCCAAGGAAACCUACAUGAAGCUGUUAUCAGCUGAGCGGGCUGUCACCGGCUAUACAGACCCUUACACAGGAGAACAGAUCUCUCUCUUUCAGGCCAUGCAGAGGGACCUCAUCGUCAGGGACCAUGGCAUCCGCCUGCUGGAGGCCCAGAUCGCCACGGGAGGCAUCAUUGACCCUGUGCACAGCCAUCGCGUGCCCGUGGAUGUGGCCUACCAACGUGGCUACUUCAAUGAGGAGAUGAACCGCAUCUUGGCUGACCCAAGUGAUGACACCAAGGGCUUUUUUGACCCCAACACGCAUGAGAACCUCACUUACCUGCAGCUGCUGGAGCGCUGUGUGGAGGACCCUGAGACAGGCCUGUACAUGUUGGAAAUUGUAAAGAAAGGAGAAACCUACACGUACAUUGAUGAGGCCACAAGGCAAGCACUGAGAUCCAGAACUGUGAAAAUGGACGUAGGGAAGUUUGCAGGCCAGACAGUGUCUCUGUGGGACCUGUUAUCUUCCCAGUAUUUUACAGAAGGAAGGAAAAGGAAAGUUUUGCGAGAGUACAGAGCCCAGAACAUAGGCCUGGAGAAACUGCUGGAGGUUAUCACCUCUACUGUGGAAGAAACAGAGAAGCAAAGCCAACUAUUCAAGGUGGCAGGCAUCCAUGGUGAUGUGACAGCUGCAGAACUGUUCAACUCUGGGAUCCUGGAUAAGAAGACCCUUGAUGGGCUCCACAGUGGGGACAGAGGGUGCCAGGACCUCUGCCAGCUGGAGGCUGUAAAUGUCUACCUGGAAGGCAGCAACUGCAUUGCUGGAGUGAUAGCACCCCUAACCCAGAAGGUAAUGAGCUUCUAUGAGGCCAGCAGGGAAGAACUCAUCCCCACAGGGUUUGCAGCACAGUUGCUGGAGGCACAGGCUGCCACUGGGUACAUCAUGGACCCUCGCACCCACCAGAGGCUGUGUGUGGAUGAGGCCAUAGCAGCUGGCCUGGUGGGUGAAGACCUGAGAGAGAGACUUGUGAAUGCAGAGAAGGCAGCAAAGGGCUACGAAGACCCAGCCACAGGGGAGACUAUCCCACUGUUCCAGGCCAUGGAGAAGAAAUUAGUUGGGAGGGAGGAAGCGCUGAGGCUGCUGGAGGUGCAGGUGGCCACAGGUGGAGUCAUUGACCCACUACACCACCAUCGAGUCCCUCUGGAUACAGCCUGCCAACGGGGCUGUCUGUGUGAUGACACCCGUGUUCUCAUUGCUGACCAAAAGCACAUGAGGAAAAGGUUUGUGGAUCCCAACACACAAGAAAAGGUCACAUACCAGGAGCUGCAGGACCGGUGCCAGCGGGAGAAGAAGUCAGGCUGGGCUCUGUUCCCAGUGGUCAAGGACACUAAGGACAUUGAGUAUGUUGAUGAGGCCACCAAAAGAGCCCUGGAGGCGGAGCAGGUGGAAGUGACCGUGGGGAGGUACAGAGGCCAAAGGCGAUCCGUGUGGGAGCUGCUGAACUCGGAGUAUGUGUCUGAGGAGAAAAAGAUUGAACUAGUUAGAAUAUACAAAGAGGACACUGACCGGGCACUGCAGAAGGUGGUAAAGCUUAUUCUACAAAUGAUCGCAGACAAGGAAGGGAAAAGCAGGCAACACUGGUUCCGAGGAUUACGAACUCAGGUCACAGCUGAGGAACUGCUGAGGUCAGGGGUCAUCACAAAAGAGACUCUGGAGGACCUGGAAGAAGGCAGAGCCACAGUGGAUCAGAUUGAGCGGAAGGAUGACGUGAAGAGAUACCUCAAGGGUACCAGCUGCUUGGCGGGUGUCCUGGUGCCUGUCCAGGGAGAGCCUGGCCGUCAGGAGAAGAUGAGCAUCUACCAGGCCAUGUGGAAGGGAGUGCUGAGGCCUGGCACAGCCCUGGUUCUGCUGGAGGCUCAGGCGGCCACCGGCUUCAUCAUCGACCCAGUGCACAACCGCAGACUGUCUGUGGAGGAGGCAGUGGCCGCUGGCGUGGUGGGUGGUGAGAUCCAAGAGAAGCUGCUGUCAGCUGAGCGUGCUGUCACUGGCUACACGGACCCCUACAAUGGGGAGCAGAUCUCCCUCUUCCAGGCCAUGCAGAGGGACCUCAUUGUGAAAGACCAUGGCAUUCGUCUGCUGGAAGCCCAGAUUGCCACGGGUGGUGUCAUUGACCCUGUGCACAGCCACCGUGUGCCCGUGGACGUGGCCUACCAACGUGGCUACUUUGAUGAGGAGAUGAACAGCAUUUUGGCUGACCCUGGAGAUGACACCAAGGGCUUCUUUGACCCCAACACCCACGAGAACCUCACUUACCUGCAGCUGCUGCGUCGCUGCGUGCGGGACCCUGAGACUGGGCUCUACAUGCUGCAGCUGGCAGGAAAGGGCUCCAGUGUGCACCACCUGAGUGAGGAACUGAGGCGAGCCCUUCGUGAAGCCCGUGUGACCCCAGCCACAGGUGACUUCCAGGGCCAGAGCAUCUCUGUCUGGGAGCUUCUCUUCUACCGAGAGGUGCCUGAGAGUCUGCGCCAGGAUCUGCUGCGUCGGUACCAGGCAGGUGGGCUGACCGUUCAGGAUGUGAGCACCACACUCACCUCACUGCUGGCCCAAGCCAAGGAUGGGAGCCCACGGGCGGAUCCACAAGGAACCCUGGGUCAGGCCACCAUGGAAGUAAAACGCGGUCAUCUCCAGGGCCAUGAGGUCCCAGUGUGGGACAUCCUGACAUCCAAUUAUGUGAGCAGGGACACCCGGAAGGAGCUGCUGGCCCAGUUCAGCUCUGGGACACUGACUCUACCCAUGCUGAAGAGGAGACUGACCACCAUUAUUGAGGAGGCUGAGGAGACACAGGAGUCCAAGCCAAAGCAGAGUGUCACCUCACUUAACCAACAGGAGACUGGGGCCAGAAGCUCAGGGACCUCCCCAGACACGGGUGAUGCUCAGGACAACACUGACAGUGCCAAGCAGCAUCAGGAGCAGACUCUGCGUGCCACCACCAUGCAGGUACAGCGUGGGCAGUUCCGGGACCAGCAAGUUUCAGUGUGGAAAGUCCUGUUCUCCUCAUACCUAAGUGAGACCCGCCGGGAGGAGCUCCUUGCCCAGCACUUGGCUGGCAGGCUGGGUGUGAAUGAACUAAUUUCCCUCCUCAUCCAAAUCAUCGAGGAGACAGAAGAGCGGCUCAGCAAGGUGUCUUUCCCUGGCCUGAGGCGCCAGGUGUCAGUGUCUGAGUUGUGUACCUCUGGUAUCCUUGACCGGGACACCAUGCGAGAACUGGCACAGGGCACCAAGACCAUUCAUGAGGUGACAGAGAUGGACUCUGUCAAGCGCUACCUUGGGGGUACCAGCUGCAUAGCGGGUGUCCUGGUGCCUGUCCAGGGAGAGCCUGCCCGUCAGGAGAAGAUGAGCAUCUACCAGGCCAUGUGGAAGGGAGUGCUGAGGCCUGGCACAGCCCUGGUUCUGCUGGAGGCUCAGGCGGCCACCGGCUUCAUCAUCGACCCAGUGCACAACCGCAGACUGUCUGUGGAGGAGGCAGUGGCCGCUGGCGUGGUGGGUGGUGAGAUCCAAGAGAAGCUGCUGUCAGCUGAGCGUGCUGUCACUGGCUACACGGACCCCUACAACGGUGAGCAGAUCUCCCUCUUCCAGGCCAUGCAGAGGGACCUCAUUGUCAAGAACCAUGGCAUUCGUCUGCUGGAAGCCCAGAUUGCCACGGGUGGUGUCAUCGACCCUGUGCACAGCCACCGUGUGCCCGUGGACGUGGCCUACCAACGUGGCUACUUUGAUGAGGAGAUGAACAGCAUUUUGGCUGACCCUGGAGAUGACACCAAGGGCUUCUUUGACCCCAACACCCACGAGAACCUCACUUACCUGCAGCUGCUGCGUCGCUGCGUGCGGGACCCUGAGACUGGGCUCUACAUGCUGCAGCUGGCAGGAAAGGGCUCCAGUGUGCACCACCUGAGUGAGGAACUGAGGCGAGCCCUUCGUGAAGCCCGUGUGACCCCAGCCACAGGUGACUUCCAGGGCCAGAGCAUCUCUGUCUGGGAGCUUCUCUUCUACCGAGAGGUGCCUGAGAGUCUGCGCCAGGAUCUGCUGCGUCGGUACCAGGCAGGUGGGCUGACCGUUCAGGAUGUGAGCACCACACUCACCUCACUGCUGGCCCAAGCCAAGGAUGGGAGCCCACGGGCGGAUCCACAAGGAACCCUGGGUCAGGCCACCAUGGAAGUAAAACGCGGUCAUCUCCAGGGCCAUGAGGUCCCAGUGUGGGACAUCCUGACAUCCAAUUAUGUGAGCAGGGACACCCGGAAAGAGCUGCUGGCCCAGUUCAGCUCUGGGACACUGACUCUACCCAUGCUGAAGAGGAGACUGACCACCAUUAUUGAGGAGGCUGAGGAGACACAGGAGUCCAAGCCAAAGCAGAGUGUCACCUCACUUAACCAACAGGAGACUGGGGCCAGAAGCUCAGGGACCUCCCCAGACACGGGUGAUGCUCAGGACAACACUGACAGUGCCAAGCAGCAUCAGGAGCAGACUCUGCGUGCCACCACCAUGCAGGUACAGCGUGGGCAGUUCCGGGACCAGCAAGUUUCAGUGUGGAAAGUCCUGUUCUCCUCAUACCUAAGUGAGACCCGCCGGGAGGAGCUCCUUGCCCAGCACUUGGCUGGCAGGCUGGGUGUGAAUGAACUAAUUUCCCUCCUCAUCCAAAUCAUCGAGGAGACAGAAGAGCGGCUCAGCAAGGUGUCUUUCCCUGGCCUGAGGCGCCAGGUGUCCGCUUCUGAGUUGUGUACCUCUGGUAUCCUUGACCGGGACACCAUGCGAGAACUGGCACAGGGCACCAAGACCAUUCAUGAGGUGACAGAGAUGGACUCUGUCAAGCGCUACCUUGGGGGUACCAGCUGCAUAGCGGGUGUCCUGGUGCCUGUCCAGGGAGAGCCUGGCCGUCAGGAGAAGAUGAGCAUCUACCAGGCCAUGUGGAAGGGAGUGCUGAGGCCUGGCACAGCCCUGGUUCUGCUGGAGGCUCAGGCGGCCACCGGCUUCAUCAUCGACCCAGUGCACAACCGCAGACUGUCUGUGGAGGAGGCAGUGGCCGCUGGCGUGGUGGGUGGUGAGAUCCAAGAGAAGCUGCUGUCAGCUGAGCGUGCUGUCACUGGCUACACGGACCCCUACAACGGUGAGCAGAUCUCCCUCUUCCAGGCCAUGCAGAGGGACCUCAUUGUCAAGAACCAUGGCAUUCGUCUGCUGGAAGCCCAGAUUGCCACGGGUGGUGUCAUCGACCCUGUGCACAGCCACCGUGUGCCCGUGGACGUGGCCUACCAACGUGGCUACUUUGAUGAGGAGAUGAACAGCAUUUUGGCUGACCCUGGAGAUGACACCAAGGGCUUCUUUGACCCCAACACCCACGAGAACCUCACUUACCUGCAGCUGCUGCGUCGCUGCGUGCGGGACCCUGAGACUGGGCUCUACAUGCUGCAGCUGGCAGGAAAGGGCUCCAGUGUGCACCACCUGAGUGAGGAACUGAGGCGAGCCCUUCGUGAAGCCCGUGUGACCCCAGCCACAGGUGACUUCCAGGGCCAGAGCAUCUCUGUCUGGGAGCUUCUCUUCUACCGAGAGGUGCCUGAGAGUCUGCGCCAGGAUCUGCUGCGUCGGUACCAGGCAGGUGGGCUGACCGUUCAGGAUGUGAGCACCACACUCACCUCACUGCUGGCCCGAGCCAAGGAUGGGAGCCCACGGGCGGAUCCACAAGGAACCCUGGGUCAGGCCACCAUGGAAGUAAAACGCGGUCAUCUCCAGGGCCAUGAGGUCCCAGUGUGGGACAUCCUGACAUCCAAUUAUGUGAGCAGGGACACCCGGAAGGAGCUGCUGGCCCAGUUCAGCUCUGGGACACUGACUCUACCCAUGCUGAAGAGGAGACUGACCACCAUUAUUGAGGAGGCUGAGGAGACACAGGAGUCCAAGCCAAAGCAGAGUGUCACCUCACUUAACCAACAGGAGACUGGGGCCAGAAGCUCAGGGAGCUCCCCAGACACGGGUGAUGCUCAGGACAACACUGACAGUGCCAAGCAGCAUCAGGAGCAGACUCUGCGAGCCGCCACCAUGCAGGUACAGCGUGGGCAGUUCCGGGACCAGCAAGUUUCAGUGUGGAAAGUCCUGUUCUCCUCGUACCUAAGUGAGACCCGCCGGGAGGAGCUCCUUGCCCAGCACUUGGCUGGCAGGCUGGGUGUGAGUGAACUAAUUUCCCUCCUCAUCCAAAUCAUCGAGGAGACAGAAGAGCGGCUUAGCAAGGUGUCUUUCCCUGGCCUGAGGCGCCAGGUGUCCGCUUCUGAGUUGUAUACCUCUGGUAUCCUUGACCGGGACACCAUGCGAGAACUGGCACAGGGCACCAAGACCAUUCAUGAGGUGACAGAGAUGGACUCUGUCAAGCGCUACCUUGGGGGUACCAGCUGCAUAGCGGGUGUCCUGGUGCCUGUCCAGGGAGAGCCUGCCCGUCAGGAGAAGAUGAGCAUCUACCAGGCCAUGUGGAAGGGAGUGCUGAGGCCUGGCACAGCCCUGGUUCUGCUGGAGGCUCAGGCGGCCACUGGCUUCAUCAUCGACCCAGUGCACAACCGCAGACUGUCUGUGGAGGAGGCAGUGGCCGCUGGCGUGGUGGGUGGUGAGAUCCAAGAGAAGCUGCUGUCAGCUGAGCGUGCUGUCACUGGCUACACGGACCCCUACAACGGUGAGCAGAUCUCCCUCUUCCAGGCCAUGCAGAGGGACCUCAUUGUGAAAGACCAUGGCAUUCGUCUGCUGGAAGCCCAGAUUGCCACGGGUGGUGUCAUCGACCCUGUGCAUAGCCACCGUGUGCCCGUGGACGUGGCCUACCAACGUGGCUACUUUGAUGAGGAGAUGAACAGCAUUUUGGCUGACCCUGGAGAUGACACCAAGGGCUUCUUUGACCCCAACACCCACGAGAACCUCACUUACCUGCAGCUGCUGCGUCGCUGCGUGCGGGACCCUGAGACUGGGCUCUACAUGCUGCAGCUGGCAGGAAAGGGCUCCAGUGUGCACCACCUGAGUGAGGAACUGAGGCGAGCCCUUCGUGAAGCCCGUUUGACCCCAGCCACAGGCGACUUCCAGGGCCAGAGCAUCUCUGUCUGGGAGCUUCUCUUCUACCGAGAGGUGCCUGAGAGUCUGCGCCAGGAUCUGCUGCGUCGGUACCAGGCAGGUGGGCUGACCGUUCAGGAUGUGAGCACCACACUCACCUCACUGCUGGCCCAAGCCAAGGAUGGGAGCCCACGGGCGGAUCCACAAGGAACCCUGGGUCAGGCCACCAUGGAAGUAAAACGCGGUCAUCUCCAGGGCCAUGAGGUCCCAGUGUGGGACAUCCUGACAUCCAAUUAUGUGAGCAGGGACACCCGGAAAGAGCUGCUGGCCCAGUUCAGCUCUGGGACACUGACUCUACCCAUGCUGAAGAGGAGACUGACCACCAUUAUUGAGGAGGCUGAGGAGACACAGGAGUCCAAGCCAAAGCAGAGUGUCACCUCACUUAACCAACAGGAGACUGGGGCCAGAAGCUCAGGGAGCUCCCCAGACACGGGUGAUGCUCAGGACAACACUGACAGUGCCAAGCAGCAUCAGGAGCAGACUCUGCGUGCCGCCACCAUGCAGGUACAGCGUGGGCAGUUCCGGGACCAGCAAGUUUCAGUGUGGAAAGUCCUGUUCUCCUCGUACCUAAGUGAGACCCGCCGGGAGGAGCUCCUUGCCCAGCACUUGGCUGGCAGGCUGGGUGUGAAUGAACUAAUUUCCCUCCUCAUCCAAAUCAUCGAGGAGACAGAAGAGCGGCUUAGCAAGGUGUCUUUCCCUGGCCUGAGGCGCCAGGUGUCCGCUUCUGAGUUGUAUACCUCUGGUAUCCUUGACCGGGACACCAUGCGAGAACUGGCACAGGGCACCAAGACCAUUCAUGAGGUGACAGAGAUGGACUCUGUCAAGCGCUACCUUGGGGGUACCAGCUGCAUAGCGGGUGUCCUGGUGCCUGUCCAGGGAGAGCCUGCCCGUCAGGAGAAGAUGAGCAUCUACCAGGCCAUGUGGAAGGGAGUGCUGAGGCCUGGCACAGCCCUGGUUCUGCUGGAGGCUCAGGCGGCCACUGGCUUCAUCAUCGACCCAGUGCACAACCGCAGACUGUCUGUGGAGGAGGCAGUGGCCGCUGGCGUGGUGGGUGGUGAGAUCCAAGAGAAGCUGCUGUCAGCUGAGCGUGCUGUCACUGGCUACACGGACCCCUACAACGGUGAGCAGAUCUCCCUCUUCCAGGCCAUGCAGAGGGACCUCAUUGUGAAAGACCAUGGCAUUCGUCUGCUGGAAGCCCAGAUUGCCACGGGUGGUGUCAUCGACCCUGUGCAUAGCCACCGUGUGCCCGUGGACGUGGCCUACCAACGUGGCUACUUUGAUGAGGAGAUGAACAGCAUUUUGGCUGACCCUGGAGAUGACACCAAGGGCUUCUUUGACCCCAACACCCACGAGAACCUCACUUACCUGCAGCUGCUGCGUCGCUGCGUGCGGGACCCUGAGACUGGGCUCUACAUGCUGCAGCUGGCAGGAAAGGGCUCCAGUGUGCACCACCUGAGUGAGGAACUGAGGCGAGCCCUUCGUGAAGCCCGUGUGACCCCAGCCACAGGUGACUUCCAGGGCCAGAGCAUCUCUGUCUGGGAGCUUCUCUUCUACCGAGAGGUGCCUGAGAGUCUGCGCCAGGAUCUGCUGCGUCGGUACCAGGCAGGUGGGCUGACCGUUCAGGAUGUGAGCACCACACUCACCUCACUGCUGGCCCGAGCCAAGGAUGGGAGCCCACGGGCGGAUCCACAAGGAACCCUGGGUCAGGCCACCAUGGAAGUAAAACGCGGUCAUCUCCAGGGCCAUGAGGUCCCAGUGUGGGACAUCCUGACAUCCAAUUAUGUGAGCAGGGACACCCGGAAGGAGCUGCUGGCCCAGUUCAGCUCUGGGACACUGACUCUACCCAUGCUGAAGAGGAGACUGACCACCAUUAUUGAGGAGGCUGAGGAGACACAGGAGUCCAAGCCAAAGCAGAGUGUCACCUCACUUAACCAACAGGAGACUGGGGCCAGAAGCUCAGGGAGCUCCCCAGACACGGGUGAUGCUCAGGACAACACUGACAGUGCCAAGCAGCAUCAGGAGCAGACUCUGCGAGCCGCCACCAUGCAGGUACAGCGUGGGCAGUUCCGGGACCAGCAAGUUUCAGUGUGGAAAGUCCUGUUCUCCUCGUACCUAAGUGAGACCCGCCGGGAGGAGCUCCUUGCCCAGCACUUGGCUGGCAGGCUGGGUGUGAAUGAACUAAUUUCCCUCCUCAUCCAAAUCAUCGAGGAGACAGAAGAGCGGCUCAGCAAGGUGUCUUUCCCUGGCCUGAGGCGCCAGGUGUCCGCUUCUGAGUUGUGUACCUCUGGUAUCCUUGACCGGGACACCAUGCGAGAACUGGCACAGGGCACCAAGACCAUUCAUGAGGUGACAGAGAUGGACUCUGUCAAGCGCUACCUUGGGGGUACCAGCUGCAUAGCGGGUGUCCUGGUGCCUGUCCAGGGAGAGCCUGGCCGUCAGGAGAAGAUGAGCAUCUACCAGGCCAUGUGGAAGGGAGUGCUGAGGCCUGGCACAGCCCUGGUUCUGCUGGAGGCUCAGGCGGCCACCGGCUUCAUCAUUGACCCAGUGCACAACCGCAGACUGUCUGUGGAGGAGGCAGUGGCCGCUGGCGUGGUGGGUGGUGAGAUCCAAGAGAAGCUGCUGUCAGCUGAGCGUGCUGUCACUGGCUACACGGACCCCUACAACGGUGAGCAGAUCUCCCUCUUCCAGGCCAUGCAGAGGGACCUCAUUGUCAAGAACCAUGGCAUUCGUCUGCUGGAAGCCCAGAUUGCCACGGGUGGUGUCAUCGACCCUGUGCACAGCCACCGUGUGCCCGUGGACGUGGCCUACCAACGUGGCUACUUUGAUGAGGAGAUGAACAGCAUUUUGGCUGACCCUGGAGAUGACACCAAGGGCUUCUUUGACCCCAACACCCACGAGAACCUCACUUACCUGCAGCUGCUGCGUCGCUGCGUGCGGGACCCUGAGACUGGGCUCUACAUGCUGCAGCUGGCAGGAAAGGGCUCCAGUGUGCACCACCUGAGUGAGGAACUGAGGCGAGCCCUUCGUGAAGCCCGUGUGACCCCAGCCACAGGCGACUUCCAGGGCCAGAGCAUCUCUGUCUGGGAGCUUCUCUUCUACCGAGAGGUGCCUGAGAGUCUGCGCCAGGAUCUGCUGCGUCGGUACCAGGCAGGUGGGCUGACCAUUCAGGAUGUGAGCACCACACUCACCUCACUGCUGGCCCGAGCCAAGGAUGGGAGCCCACGGGCGGAUCCACAAGGAACCCUGGGUCAGGCCACCAUGGAAGUAAAACGCGGUCAUCUCCAGGGCCAUGAGGUCCCAGUGUGGGACAUCCUGACAUCCAAUUAUGUGAGCAGGGACACCCGGAAGGAGCUGCUGGCCCAGUUCAGCUCUGGGACACUGACUCUACCCAUGCUGAAGAGGAGACUGACCACCAUUAUUGAGGAGGCUGAGGAGACACAGGAGUCCAAGCCAAAGCAGAGUGUCACCUCACUUAACCAACAGGAGACUGGGGCCAGAAGCUCAGGGAGCUCCCCAGACACGGGUGAUGCUCAGGACAACACUGACAGUGCCAAGCAGCAUCAGGAGCAGACUCUGCGUGCCGCCACCAUGCAGGUACAGCGUGGGCAGUUCCGGGACCAGCAAGUUUCAGUGUGGAAAGUCCUGUUCUCCUCGUACCUAAGUGAGACCCGCCGGGAGGAGCUCCUUGCCCAGCACUUGGCUGGCAGGCUGGGUGUGAAUGAACUAAUUUCCCUCCUCAUCCAAAUCAUCGAGGAGACAGAAGAGCGGCUUAGCAAGGUGUCUUUCCCUGGCCUGAGGCGCCAGGUGUCCGCUUCUGAGUUGUAUACCUCUGGUAUCCUUGACCGGGACACCAUGCGAGAACUGGCACAGGGCACCAAGACCAUUCAUGAGGUGACAGAGAUGGACUCUGUCAAGCGCUACCUUGGGGGUACCAGCUGCAUAGCGGGUGUCCUGGUGCCUGUCCAGGGAGAGCCUGGCCGUCAGGAGAAGAUGAGCAUCUACCAGGCCAUGUGGAAGGGAGUGCUGAGGCCUGGCACAGCCCUGGUUCUGCUGGAGGCUCAGGCGGCCACUGGCUUCAUCAUCGACCCAGUGCACAACCGCAGACUGUCUGUGGAGGAGGCAGUGGCCGCUGGCGUGGUGGGUGGUGAGAUCCAAGAGAAGCUGCUGUCAGCUGAGCGUGCUGUCACUGGCUACACGGACCCCUACAACGGUGAGCAGAUCUCCCUCUUCCAGGCCAUGCAGAGGGACCUCAUUGUGAAAGACCAUGGCAUUCGUCUGCUGGAAGCCCAGAUUGCCACGGGUGGUGUCAUCGACCCUGUGCAUAGCCACCGUGUGCCCGUGGAUGUGGCCUACCAACGUGGCUACUUUGAUGAGGAGAUGAACAGCAUUUUGGCUGACCCUGGAGAUGACACCAAGGGCUUCUUUGACCCCAACACCCACGAGAACCUCACAUACCUACAACUUUUGCAGAGAGCUACAGCUGACCCUGAGACUGGAUUGUUGUUUCUCUCCCUGUCUAAGGACUGAAUAUCUUUUUGUGACUCUCCGAGCAUUGUGCAUUUCAGCAUUGUCAUAGACAUUGUCUUGGAUCCUCAGGUUCCCUCUAUACUUUUAUAUCGCAUGGUUUGUUUAUCAGGGUUCUGGUUAUGUAUCUUUCCUCCUCCCCUGUCUGCUUCUCAAUGGUAAUUUUUUGUCCCAUACAUGUUCUCCCUCCUUUUGUUGUUGGGUUUUUUUUUUUUUUCUCUACAAUUUUCUUGCGUUUUUGUCUUUUUUGUUUUUCUUUUUCUUUUUCUCAGAGCUGUGGACCCAACCCAGGUCCUUGGGCUUCCCAGCUAAGCGUCCUACCACUGAGCUCAAUCCCCAACCCGCCCUGUCUUGUUUCUUAGGACUGUUUUCCAUUGUUUUGAUGGCAGCAUUAGCUUGGAGGGAGGCCUUUGGUUGCUGUUCUGACAGAAGGUUCCCCUGUUGUAGUCUUGGCUCUCCUGGUACUCACUCUGUUCAAC